AUGCGCGGCCGAGGGAACGCGCGCAGCUCGCUGGUCCAGGCAGUGAGCUUGCGCCCGGCGACCUGGCACCCGUGCCUGGAUAUGGGGCAUCUACAUCGUCCCAGGAGCAGCACCAGAAACCUGCCGCAUGUUUUUCUGCUUUUUCUCUUCGUGGGACCCUUCAACUGCCUCGCGAGUUACAGCCGUGCCACCGAGCUUCUGUACAGCCUAAACGAGGGGCUGCCGGCAGGGGUGCUCAUAGGCAGCCUGGCUGAAGACCUAAGGCUGCUACCCCGGACCUCCGGGAGGCAGAACCAGCAGUUGCUGCAUCCAGAGCGCACUGGAACUGAAGGGAGCCCCCCUCUCUCUUUCAGCUUGGCCUCUGGAGGACUGAGUGGCCAGUAUGUGACCCUAGACAACCGCUCCGGAGAGCUGCACACUUCGGCACAGGAGAUCGACAGAGAAGCACUGUGUCUCGAAGGGGGCGGAGGGGCUGCCUGGGGCGGCAGCACCUCCAUUGCCUCCUCUCCUUCCUCUGACUCUUGCCUUUUGCUUCUGGAUGUGCUGGUCCUGCCUCAGGAAUAUUUUAGGUUUGUGAAGGUGAAAAUUGCCAUCAGGGAUAUCAAUGACAAUGCUCCACAGUUCCCACUUUCUGAAAUCUCUGUUUGGGUCCCAGAAAAUUCACCUGUAAACACCCGAUUGGCAAUAGAGCACCCAGCUGUGGACCCUGAUGUAGGCAUUAAUGGAGUGCAAACCUAUCGCUUACUGGACUACCAUGGCAUGUUUACCCUCGACGUGGAGGAGAAUGAGAAUGGGGAGCGAACCCCUUACUUGAUUGUCAUGGGUGCUUUGGACAGAGAAACCCAGGACCAGUAUGUGAGCAUCAUCAUAGCUGAGGAUGGUGGGUCUCCACCACUACUGGGCAGUGCCACCCUCACCAUUGGCAUAAGUGACAUUAAUGACAAUUGCCCUCUCUUUAUAGACUCACAACUUAAUGUCACCGUUUAUGGAAAUGCUACAGUAGGCACCCCCAUUGCAGCUGUCGAGGCUGUCGAUAGAGACUUGGGGACCAAUGCACAGAUCACUUACAGUUACAGCCAGAAAGUUCCACAAGAAUCCAAGGAUUUGUUCCACCUGGAUGAGACGACUGGAGUCAUUAAACUUUUCAAUAAGAUUGAUGGGAGUGUUCUACAGACACACAAGCUCACCAUCCUUGCUAAUGGGCCCGGCUGUAUCCCUGCAGUGAUCACUGCUCUUGUGUCCAUCAUCAAAGUUAUUUUCAGACCCCCAGAAAUUGUCCCACGUUAUAUUGCCAAUGAAGUGGAUGGGGUUGUGUAUCUGAAAGAACUGGAGCCUGUGAACACUCCCAUUGCAUUUUUCACCAUUAGAGAUCCAGAAGGCAAAUACAAGAUUAACUGCUACCUGAAUGGUGAAGGGCCAUUUAGGCUAGUACCCUACAAGCCGUACAACAACGAAUAUUUGUUGGAGACCACAAAACCUAUGGACUAUGAGCUGCAGCAGUUCUACGAAAUAGCUGUAGUGGCCUGGAACUCAGAAGGGUUUCAUGCCAAGAGGGUCAUAAAAGUGCAGCUUUUAGAUGACAAUGACAAUGCUCCUGUUUUCCCUCAACCUUUGAUAGAACUGACCAUUGAAGAAAACAAUGCACCCAACGCCUUUCUGACGAAGCUCUCUGCUACCGAUGCUGACAGUGGAGAGAGGGGGCAAGUGUCCUAUUUCCUGGGACCAGAUGCACCAUCGUAUUUUUCCUUAGACAGUGUCACGGGGAUUCUGACUGUUUCUACUCAGCUGGACAGAGAAGAGAAAGAAAAGUACAGGUACACUGUCCGUGCUGUGGACUGUGGGAAGCCACCCAGGGAAUCAGUGGCUACAGUGGCACUCACUGUGUUGGAUAAAAAUGACAACAGUCCUAGGUUCAUCAACAAGGACUUCAGCUUCUUUGUUCCAGAAAACUUUCCAGGAUAUGGCGAAAUUGGAGUUAUUAGUGUAACGGAUGCCGAUGCUGGGAAGAAUGGAUGGGUAGCCCUCUCGGUGGUAAACCAGACUGACAUUUUUGUCAUAGACACAGGCAAGGGCAUGCUGAGAGCUAAGGUCUCUUUAGACAGAGAGCAACAAAGCUCUUAUACUCUGUGGGUCGAAGCUGUUGAUGGGGGUGAGCCGGCCCUUUCUUCCACCACAAAAAUCACAAUUCUACUUCUGGACAUCAAUGAUAACCCUCCUCUUGUCUUAUUUCCUCAAUCUAAUAUGUCUUAUUUGUUGGUCCUACCCUCCACUCUCCCUGGCUCACCAAUUACAGAGGUCUACGCUGUUGACAAAGACACGGGCAUGAACGCUGUCAUAGCUUAUAGUAUCAUAGGGAGAAGAGGUCCCAGGCCCGAGUCCUUCAGGAUUGACCCGAAAACUGGCAACAUAACUCUGGAAGAAGCUUUGCUGCAGACAGAUUAUGGACUGCAUCGCUUGCUGGUGAAAGUGAGUGACCAUGGCUACCCUGAACCGCUCCAUUCCACUGUUAUGGUGAACUUAUUUGUCAAUGACACUGUCAGUAACGAGAGCUAUAUUGAGAGCCUUUUAAGAAAAGAACCAGAAAUUAAUAUAGAAGAGAAAGAACCACAAAUCUCAAUAGAACCAACUCAUAGGAAGGUAGAAUCUGCGUCCUGUAUGCCCACAUUAGUUGCUCUGUCUGUCAUAAGCUUGGGUUCCAUCACACUAGUAACAGGGAUGGGAAUAUAUAUCUGCUUACGGAAAGGUAAAAAUCAUCACAGGGAAGAUGAAAAUUUGGAAGUACAAAUUCCACUGAAAGGAAAAAUUGACUUGUGUAUGAGAGAGAGAAAACCAGUGGAUAUUUCUAAUAUUUGA